AGGCGGAUACUAUGGCAAUGCACUCCAAGCAGCACAUGGAGUGAAAACGAGGCUAUAGUUAAGCUUCUACUCGAUCGGGGAGCCGAUAUUAAUGCCCAAGGUGGAGAGUACGGCAAUGCACUCCAAGCAGCAGCAUAUAUGGGGGGAAAGGCUGGGGUUGAGCUUCUGCUCGGCCGAGGAGCCGAUAUUAACAGAAGGGACCCUCAAGGUCGAUUAGCGGUUCAGCUUGCCAUGAGCGGAGAUGAGGCAAGCAUGGUUAAGUACUUAUUGAGUCUUGGUGCAAGCUCCGAUUGGACUUACACAGACAUGCAAGACACACAAGGCUGGACACCUCUCCACUGGGCUUGCCGGAACGGAGACGUCGACACUGUUCAGUUGCUCAUUGAUUCUGGAGCCGACUUACAGAACGAAAACAUGCAGCUAUGGACACCACUUGAUGUUGCAACCUUUUCUGGCAAUGGCAGUCUGGCAUUCACUCUGUCUCGACUACAAGGGUCGACUGGUACAGAGAUGAAGCAAAAAAUACUUGCUCCAGGGUAUGAACAUGAUAUUGGGUGUUAUAGCUGCUUUUUUGAAAUAUGCGGUCCUUGUUACCAAUGCAAGGAUUGUAGAGAAUUUUUCCUCUGCUUCCGGUGUAUUGAAGAUGCUGCAGUUAUACAUGACUCGAAUCACACCUUCAACGCUAUUGAAGAGGGCGAUGUGGAUGGAGAUUGAGGAAGAGAAGUCAUCGAGACGGAGAAUGAUGGGGGGACAAGAUCGGGCAUGGUAGCAAAUUGUUGAAAUUGGUAUGCUGCCAUAGCUAGCUUAUCAGUUCUUCCAGCACCAGGUUCAACCACUAAUUUAGGGUUCUCCACUCUCAUUUGUCAUGCGUCACUCGCCGAGCUUACCAAGCUUACUAGUAUAUCGUCAUUUUGAUUACCUUUGAUUUAUCAGCUAAUUGAUAAUAUAUCGGAGAAAGCGGGCUCGGCAUCACCGGUAUCGCCGAAGGGUAAUAGGAAUAAAUCCCUUACUUUGGAUACUUUUCCUCUGUUUCUAGACUUCACUCUUCUGUAUCUAGUCAUUCUGCAGUCUGUCAACCU